CCUCGGACUACCAUGAAUGGCUACGCAGGCUCCUCCAAUCACCCACCAAACAGCACGGAUGACUUUGGAAAUGACAUGACAUCUCCGUCGAGCUCUAACUACAAUGGAUUCUUGCAGGACGGACGGUCCGGGACAUCUCCCAGUCCUGCUGGGUUCAGCAACGAACCAACACUGGGAGUGGUAGACCAGGAAGGCGUGCAAGCGGUCAACCCGGCAUGGAUGAAUGCACUCCCCCCUCAGCAAACAUAUCCCAACAAUCUAGGCGGCAUGCCCGCGUUCUUCUCGCAAUGAACCUGUGCUUGUGAAGACCUUGGCCGAGACUCGGAGUAGGGGAGUCACGUAUAAGGACGCGCUGAAUGGGCUUCAUGGGACCGGAGGACAUUCGGCAACACUCUGGAAAGAUUACUACUUGGACAACAAGGACCGACUAGACCUUGCCAUCCAAGCUUAUGGGCCGCCCAAGAAGACGAUCAAGAAGCCUUCUAUCGCGACAUUCAAGACGGAACCCUCACCUCAGGCUUCGUCUGCCUUCCGCUCAUCUUCUCCUGUCGCAUCAUCGUCCUCGUCCAGAGUGAACAAACGCAGAAAACCGAACGAAAGAACACGACGAUCCUCGGAGUCUUCUCAACAGGCGACGAAACCUGCGCCCAGAGGACGCAGCACGAUCAACAGCAUGACAGUGCAUGUCGCGGAAUUCAAUCCUCGUCUACCGCCUCCUAAUACCGAGUUGAGAAUCCCCGAACCUCCGUCGCGCUCACCGACGCCGCCCACAGAACUCAUUCCUCAUGCACGGGGGGGCCACAAAUUCACGUUAUCGGAUCGCAAAUUCUUCAUCAACUUCAUCGGGUGGCGCCUGAAAGAUGACCCGACCCUGACCAGACUCGAACUGUGCGAGCUGUUAGCGGAGAAGGCACCACAUCACAGUUAUCAGUCAUGGGCCUCGUAUUGGUCCGGCCAUCAUGAUCUACCGGACAAGAUUCUAGCAUCCCAUCGUCGGCAGGCGGAGGAGGCUGAAUUGAAAGCCGAGGAAGAAGAAUCUGAGAGCAGUAAUGAAGGCGGAUCAUCUCGGCGUCGACGCAAAUAUGAAGAACCCGAUUCAGGGUCAGAGCUCACUGAAUCUGAGAAUGAAGAGGAAGAGGUGGACGAGGAAUCUGACGACGAGGACGUAGAUAUUCCAGCGGCGGAUAUAAGUCAAAUGGGGCCAAAAGGGGGCUCAUACACCCAAGCUGACAUGGCUGUGGUGGCCAGACACGUGGCGACAUUCCCCGAUUUCCUAGAGGUCGGAUACACAGAGCGAUGGAGAAAGUUUGCACCCUUGUAUCCUCAGAGAACAAUGAACUCUUGGAAUGAAUACUACAAGCGAAAUUCGAAACAAAUCGAUAAAAUUGCCAAAAAGAUUCGGUCACAGAGUUCCACUGUGGAGCAAACGUCACCGCCGUCGAGGACAUGGUCUCGAUCAGUUGAACUGAGCUCAGGUCCGCCACGAGCCAAACGUAAAUUUAGCGUGGAGGAAGACUUGCUGAUACCCGAAGACCGAGAAUUUUGAGCAGCACAACGACGAAGGACACAUGCAAUGUAAACUACAAUUUAGCCCCUAUCUUAUUUUGUAAUAGUCGACUGAUCCACGUGGGUCGGUUACUACUGGGUCAAGUCUCGUUCGCCAAACACACCUUGCAUCGAACCACCACCAUGGAUGAGGAAUACGAUGUCAUCGUUCUUGGCACUGGCCUUACCGAAUGUAUCCUAUCAGGCCUCUUGUCCGUCGAGGGCAAAAAGGUCCUCCACAUGGACCGCAACAACUACUAUGGCGGUGACAGCGCGAGUCUGAACCUGACUCAGCUAUACAACAAGUUCCGCCCUGAUCAGGCAGUUCCGACCGACCUCGGUCGUGACCGCGACUACGCUGUCGAUCUGGUCCCCAAGUUCAUCAUUGCCUCGGGCGAGCUCACUCGCAUCCUCGUGCACACCGACGUCACGCGCUACCUCGAGUUCAAGCAGAUCGCGGGCAGCUUCGUUUAUCGCGAUGGCAAGAUCUCCAAGGUGCCCAGCACGGAAAUGGAGGCGGUCAAGAGCCCCCUCAUGGGUCUCUUCGAGAAGCGCCGGGCCAAGAAGUUCUUUGAGUUUUUGCAGGGCUGGAAGGACGAUGACCCUGCGACUCAUCAAGGUAUCGAUCUGGACAAGGACAACAUGAGGACCGUCUACGAGAAGUUCGGUCUCGAGCCCGGUACUCAGGAUUUCAUCGGCCAUGCCAUGGCGCUCUACCUCGAUGACGAUUACAUUACCAAACCCGCUCGGCCUACGUACGAUCGGAUCGUUCUCUACACCUCCUCUAUGGCGCGCUACGGCAAAUCCCCUUACAUCUACCCCCUCUACGGUCUCGGGGAGCUCCCGCAAUCGUUCGCCCGUCUGAGCGCCAUCUACGGUGGCACGUACAUGCUCGACAAGCCGAUCCAGAAGAUCGUCACCGAUGCCGACGGCAAAUUCGUCGGCGUCACGAGCGACGGCGAAACUGUCAAGGCGAAGCAGGUCAUCGGCGACCCCAGCUACUUCGGCGCGGGCGGAGAAUCGCCGGACGGCAAAGUGCGCGUUGUCGAGAAUGGCCGUGUUGUCCGGGCCAUCUGCCUCCUGAGGCACCCCAUCCCGAACACGGAGGACAGCGACAGCAUGCAGAUCAUCAUCCCCCAGAACCAAGUGAACCGGAGGAACGAUAUCUACGUCGCCUGUGUUUCUGCCACCCACAACGUCUGCGCGAAGGAUGUGUACAUCGCCAUUGUGUCGACGAUCGUGGAGACGGACAACCCACACACGGAGAUCAUCCCGGGCUUGAACCUGCUCGGACCCAUUUCUGAACAAUUUAUCACCGUCUCGCCUCUUUACACGCCGACCACCUCCGGCGAAGCGGACAACAUCUUUGUGACUCGCUCUUACGAUGCUACGUCGCACUUCGAGACCGUUGUGGACGACGUCAAAGAUGUGUGGAAGCGUGUCAUGGGAUCCGACCUGGUGUUGAAGAAGCGUGAAGCCGAGGUACAGGAGUAAUAAGCAGGUGCUCCUCUCAGCACUGCCAGUCGUUUUUGGAAUACAGCAUUUCUCUUGUACUUUUUUACACUCUCCAACUCAGAAAAACGCAUCCAUAUUGAACUCCGG